CUCAAAGAGCAUGCUGAACAUCUGUAGUAGGACAGAGCGGUAAUAAGACAUGGAGGACAAACAGCGGGAGCAGCUCGGAGGAAACCCGGACUGGAUGUCGCGUUUGCCGGAGGAGCUGCUGGACGUCCCGCUGUGGAACCUGGCAUUACCUGGCAGCCAUGACAGCAUGUCCUUCAGCCUGGAUGUCUCCUCUCCUGUGGUGAGAUCGGAGUCCUGCUUCCUCAGACUGACUGACAGGCUGUUCCCCUGCUGUACUCGACCCUGUGUUUACCGCUGGGCCACCACGCAGCUAUCGGUCCUUUCUGAUCAGUGUGAUCUUGGUGUUCGUUUCUUGGACCUGCGGAUCGCCAGAAAGCCAGCAGGGAGCAGCAAAUUGUUUUUCGCUCACGGCAUAUACACGCUAAUAACCGUCAAGGAGGCUCUGGAUGAACUGGCCGGCUGGCUGGACGCUCACCCCAAAGAGAUUGUAAUCAUUGCCUGUUCACACUUCGAAUCUCUAAGUGACGAAGACCACGCCCAUCUGAUGGAGUUCAUCCUUCUGCUGUUCAGAGGGAAGCUGUGCCCACCACAGGAAACUCCCACUCUGCGGUCAUGUUGGUCAAAAGGUCAGCAGGUCAUUGUUUCCUAUGACGACCAGGAGCUGCAGCACCCUGGGCUGUGGAAUCGGAUACCUUAUUGGUAUGCUAACAGCCCAGAUCCUAAGAAAGUGAUCACCUAUCUGGAAGGCCAGCAACGGCAGGGAAGACCAGAUGGUUUUUACGUCACUGGUCUGAACCUGACAGAGACCAUGUUUUACGUCUUCCUGCACCCUUUCCAGAGCAUGAGGAUGUUGACGUUGAACUCUCUCUCACUGCUUCUCCAGUGGGCGGGUGAGCAGCAGCCAGGACCCGAGGGAGUCAACAUUAUGUGCUGUGACUUCGUCGGUAUGAGCGAGUUCUGCUCGCUUGUCGUCGAGCUGAACUACAAACUGGUGGGCAGAGGCUGCAGGAAGCUGCCAGCAUCCUCCAAAAUAAGUGCCAGUUAAUAAUUUUGUGAGCCUGCCAUCCUGUUUAUACAGUUGUGUGCUUGAUGUUUUUGUUUUUUAAGCAUCACAUUACCGUCUACAUGUUUAUUCAGGUUAAUUUCAACAUGCUUUACCUAAAACUAUAAGGAGGUACACAAGUUACAUGUUCUUUACACAUUCACUGUGCAAGUGUAGUUAAAGUUUUAUAUUUUGCACUACUGGACACUUUUCCACAAAUAUUUGCACAAAUAUGACAAUCUAUAUAUUGUAUAUGCAUUUUCUUUUUUAUUUUGACUUAUUUUUAAUUUCUAAUUCAUUUUUCUUUUUCAAUGAUUUUUCUUACCUCAUAACUCGUCUCUGUGCUGUGAACUUUUCUUUAGGGAUCAGAAAGUCUUAUCUUUGCAUUUCACAAUGCCACAUGUUACAAAUUUUAGUGUUUACUAUCAACAUCACGAAUGCUAGCAGCCUUUUAAUUAGCGUACAGCUAUACAAUAGUUAGCUUGGAGAACAACGUGCUGAAUACUAGGUCUCUUGCACUAUAUCUUGUAUGAUGUUACAUUUCUUUUUUGUUUUACUGUAAAUUAAUCAAAUGCUGGUAUUUCUAAAUAAAUAUUUUCAUAUUUAUUUUUCACAUUGUAUUUUAUAAACAGCUGUGUGGGUGCUGUUUGGUGAUUAGCAUUGUCACCCCACACCAAGCAACUCUUGAGUUUGAAACUUUGCCUGCGUGGCUUUCUUCUACAGUCCAAAGAAACGCAUGGGUUAUGUCACCUGGUUAUUCUACAUUUACCGUCACACUGCCUGAAUAAUAAAAAUCUGUGAUUUUUGUACCUGGA